GUAGCUGUGCAACUAGGAUAAACAAGAUGGCUGGCAACAUUACCAACUACUGCAGAGUUCAUUCAAUCUUAAAGAGAUGUUCUAUUCCUCUUUACCUAUUUAUGCGGCCAUAAGCCAUAUUUCAAAUAUUAUUAGGAUUAAUUGUUAAAGUCUCUUAUUUUCUAUAAAAUAUUAUUUAUAACAACCAUACUGGCGGGAAGUAUUUCCAAGUCCAAAGCCAAGAUGUCUGGGAAUGCAUCUGUUGUUGGUUAUGAAGGAGAGUUAAAUGCAAUAAUAAAGGAGGUAAAUAUGAUCAUCAUAUCAUUAAAAUUGGAUUUUGCCUUAAACAUUUUACUAACACCUAUCUUAAGAUAUUAACUUCUAUCAUGCACUUCAACCUCAGCCCUUUUGACUUUUGAAUAUAAUCCUUUAUUAAUUAAUUAAAAUAUCUUUACUUCAUUAAUUUAUUGAUUUUAUUCAUUUCAUAAAAGUCAUAAUAAUUUAAUUAUGUUCAUAUUAAAACUAAAUUUAAAAAAUAAAAGCAACACCAACCAUAUCUUACAAUGUCUAUUCGACUCUUCAUGGUGUCAAUUAAACGACUGAAUAAUUAUUUCUACUUAAAGCAUUUAAGAGGUAUUAUCAGAAAUUGUAUUUUUAAUUAUUAAUACUCAUUGCUGAAGUUCUAUUUCCAACUGUUCAUCACCACAAGCUCAGUUUGACAUUAUAUUUUUUUACUUAAUGCUUGUGAAGUUUAUGCUCGAGUAGCUAUGUUCUAUUAAAUAGAAUAAAUUUCAAAAGAGCAAAGCAGUGUCAAAUACACAACGAUGCAAUGAUCCAGUUUAUUAUUUUCACUAAAUAAAAUUAAUCAAAUAAGUAAAUUCGAAUAUAAAAAAACAACUGAUAAUAAUUUUCAAAACCAUAAUCCGAAAACUUUUUAACAAUUAUCAUCCUGGUUUUUAAAGUGGCUGUCUCCUCACCCCCCUCAAAAAUUGUAGGAAUUUUUUUAAAUGAACUACUUAAACAGAACCUUUUUAUUUUCAUAUUUAUUACUACUUAAACUACAGUACCUGGACUUCAGUGGCUUUGAUAAAACAAAGGUCACUUUUGAAGAUGAAUGUAAGGAAAAGAGAAAACCCAUAUCAGAACCAGAAAAUCCAGCUUUUGGAUCAGAAAAAAUGCACAUGGCUCAGGUAAGUUGAACGGGGAUUAUUUGUCGAAAACCCUGAAAAUAACACAUGUUUUGGAUGCAAACAAAAUCUCUCAUUCAGAAAAAUUGGUUAUGUUGAAAAUUCUUAUUGAAAACUCAUUUGUUUCAUUGUGCUGAAAGAUGCUGGGAGAGAGUUUUUUUCUAUAUCAUACAACCAACUGUUACUUGUAUUAACUUAAAUUUUUUUUUUUUUUUGCCAUAGAAAAAAACUCACAAUGGUAAUGAGUUUUAAAAACAUUUGUUGCCAUGAGCAAACGUUACUGUAAUAGGCCAUUCUCAAUGCAUAAACUUACUUACUUUCUCAUGCCUUUUACCCCAACUAGUUUUCCUGGUACCCCCAUAAUGUCAGAGAAGUUUCCUCAAGGUUCGCUGGUUCAGGCUAAAAAAGGCCUUUUUAUAGUCAAUUUAUUUAGAUAUAGGGGGAGUUCCAUUCAACAGACUGUUUUACAAUGAUCUAAAAAAUCUAUACAUAAACACUUAACAGUCAGAGAACGUUUUUUAAGGCUUCAAAACACUUGAAGCUUAUUUAAAAAGAAGGGAAUAUAAUAUAUAAAAGUUAUUUUUUUCCCCCAUGGUUUUUGGGGUCUGAGUACAGGGAUUUGACUUUUAAGAAGCUUAGCAUGUAUUUAAUAAAUUAAAAAAGAUAGUUUUUACAUAACUGUUUCAUCAAUUAACUAUUGCAGACUCAGAUGCUAGAAUUCUACCAUGAAGGAAAAGGCGAUCUGUUUUUUAAGCUUUGGAGAGAAUACUUGCCUCCCACUGUAAAGGAUGAAGACAGUGUAUCUCAAAAGUUGGAGUUUUACCUCAAUAUAUAUUUUGCAAUAUAUCCAAUAAAGUACAGCCAGCCACAGGUAUUUGUAAAAAAAAAAUAAAAAAAAAUCAAGUUAAAAAUAUGUUAUCAAGAUUUUUACUUUUUGAUUUUUGCAAACAUAAGAUAAAUAUAAGUUUAAUAUUAUUGGCUGAAUUUUUGUUUACAAUUAAAUCUUAAUAAAAUUAUUUGGACUUAAAUAUGUCUUGCUUUUAAAUAAUAAAGAAAAAAAAUUAAACCCACUAAGUAAGGAUGUUGAGCAUUUGGUUAAGUUUCAGGUAGUUAUCACUCAUAUCAGAAGUUAUGAUCUAUCUAUCUAUCUAUCUAUAUAUGAUCAGCUAUCUAUUUCUUAAACUAUUCCCUUCUCUCUCCUAAACUGAAAUAUAUUGGAGCUGCAUAAGAUAAUUAAUUGUCAUUAAAUAUAAAAAGUGUAAAAUGGAUGUUUGUCAUAACUCUGAUUGAGUGUAAGGCACCCAUAUAAGGUAGUUUAAAGCCUUUCAUUACACUUAAAAUGAGCUAUGUCACAUUCUUGAGCUGUUUAUAGUUUUUGAUAUCCCUUUUAGAUAAUUUCUGUAGGAUGCACUAAUCCUGUAAUUUGGUACACAUCUUAGUCUUGUACAAUAUUUAACCGUGCAAAACUAGGCUAAUCUUUGAUUUAUUAAUUUUGAAAUUUUGAGAUGCAGUUAAAUUUGGCAAAAUGUUGCACGAAGAAGGAAUACAGGAAUACAUUAUAUAUUUAUCAUGAGAUUCUGUGGCCAUAGUAGUACAAUCAUUAAGGCACUAGGCUGGCAUGGUUAAGGCCAGAUUCUGUGGCCAUAGUAGUACAAUCUUUAAGGCAUUAGGGUGGCAUGGUUAAGGCCAGAUUCUGUGGCCAUAGUAGUACAAUCAUUAAGGCAUUAGGCUCGCAUGGUUAAGGCCAGAUUCUGUGGCCAUAGUAGUACAAUCAUUAAGGCACUAGGCUGGCAUGGUUAAGGCCAGAUUCUGUGGCCAUAGUAGUACAAUCAUUAAGGCAUUAGGGUGGCAUGGUUAAGGCCAGAUUCUGUGGCCAUAGUAGUACAAUCAUUAAGGCACUAGGCUGGCAUGGUUAAGGCCAGAUUCUGUGGCCAUAGUAGUACAAUCAUUAAGGCAUUAGGCAAUGGGGUAUCCAAAUUUUUUUUCUUAAGUAGUGAGAACAGUGUGACUGAAUUUUCUUAAAUUUGAAGACAACGCUUAUUGUAAAAAAAAUAUGUGAAAGGUUUUGACCCAAAUACAAUAUUCUCUUUUUACUAUCUUUGCUUUUAAAUCUCAGAUAGUUAUAGUUUUCUGUGGAAUAAUUUAUACCCGUAGACUAUGACAGUCUUACCCAAAGGUUUGUUUAUAAGAAAUUAUGUUUAUUAUUUUCUUUACGAGUCAGAGAAGAAAACUGUAACAAAUUCAUUUUAUGCGUAAAAUAAUUUUAAAAAGAAAGAAAAAAAGUGUCAUAUUUUUCCUUCUAUCUUUUUUUGUCAUUCUUAUUUUGCACUAUUUUUAUCUUCAUUACAGAAAGAUGCAGAGGAAGCCAUGUCAACUUUCAAAAAGUACAUUGAAAACAGAGGCUCAUCACUUAGUCAAACUACAGAAUUCUUACCUUUUUAUGCUCUGCCCUUUGUACAACAUCCUAAAACACACCCUUCAUACAAGGAACUCUUUGCAGUAUGUGAAAACCAAAUAUUUUAACCUCUUCCUAUUCAUUAGUGCCGUACAUGUUUAUUAAAAUGUAUCAGCUUAAUUUCAUAUUAAUUUUUUUUGUACCAGACCAAAGAAUAAAUCAGAAUUUCUUAAAGGAGAUUAAAUAAUAUGUUACAGCACCAGAGAGUAUGGGGCUGUUUAAUAGUCAGAGUUAUCUUGUUAAAGUAAGACAGAUUUAUCUAGUCCAUUUUAAUACUACUGAAAUUUAUGAACAACAUCAACAACUGUUUUUUUAAAAAUAUUUUCUAUACAGGAAAAUUGGAGUGCUGAUCUUAAGUUGAAAGUAGAUAAAUUUUUGUCAUUGGCAUUAAAGUCUACACAACAUCCAAGAUUAUAUGAAAUAUAUGUAUCCUCUUAUGGCAUAAUCAAUCAAUAUAUAGUGUUCUUUUUAUCUAUCUAUCUUAUUUUAUCUAGGUAUUAUAUAUAUAUAUAUCAAUAUAUAUCUAUAUAUACAUAUAUAUAUAUUCAAAUUUAGUUUGUUUGUGGUUCUAUUUGUUGUUCAUAGGCUGCUACUUGGAGUGAUGGAUUUGGAUCAAACUUAGUUCUUAUAAAGAAACUGAAAUAUAGACACGGGUUGUGCUGAAAAUAAUGGCAAUGGCUCUGGCAUAGUUGAACCAAUUUUGUUCUAACGACUUUUAAAUAGCCGUUAUUUCAAUCAGAACUGAAUGAACUUCAUACAAAUUAGCAAAUGAAUACUAGAUAAAACUUCUAGAAUUUCCUUAACCAAAGUUUUCAGAGAGGUUCCAGUACAGAUGGCAAAAGUGAGUACAUUAAGAUAGGUCACAGAAUUGAAAUGGAUAAUAAGGGUGUUGGUGGUGCUGCGAUCAGGCUAGGUUAAUAUGAAAUAAAUACACAAGGUAGGGUAAAACCAUAAAAAGGACACAACUAAACAGCAGACGUAUUGGCAGAAAGCCUUCUUUAGCUAACAAAUAGUAGUGAACAACAAAAUAAACUAAACUAAAAUCAAAUAUCUGACGCUGUGAGAGUUUGAGAAAAAUCCAUGAAAUGGUAUUGAAAAAACUUCUAUUUAAACAGACAGAAUGUAACAACAGUACAGCCAUGUAUAAAGAAAUUGGAAGUACAUGAGGAUUGGGUGUAACCAAGAAAUGGGGUGGAGUAAGUUUUAGCAAGUAAAUGAGAAUACAGUUGUCCCUCGCCACUUCGCACUUUGCCUUUCACGGGGAUCUCUCUCUUAUGGCAUUAAAAUAAAAAAAAUAAUAAAAUGUAUUCAUUAAAGAAUUGAUAGAGAUAGUGAAAAUGCUACAGCAUGCUCUCGGCUGUCUGAUUCAGUUAUACACCCCUGUAUUACAAUUACAAUUAAAGAAUUGAUAGAGAUAGUGAAAAUGCUACAGCAUGCUCUCGGCUGUCUGAUUCAGUUAUACACCCCUGUAUUACAAUUACAAUUAAAGAAUUGAUAGAGAUAGUGAAAAUGCUACAGCAUGCUCUCGGCUGUCUGAUUCAGUUAUACACCCCUGUAUUACAAUUACAAUUAAAGAAUUGAUAGAGAUAGUGAAAAUGCUACAGCAUGCUCUCGGCUGUCUGAUUCAGUUAUACACCCCUGUAUUACAAUUACAAUUAAAGAAUUGAUAGAGAUAGUGAAAAUGGUACAGCAUGCUCUUGGCUGUCUGAUUCAGUUAUACACCCCUGUAUUACAAUUAAAAUUAAAGAAUUGAUAGAGAUAGUGAAAAUGGUACAGCAUGCUCUUGGCUGUCUGAUUCAGUUAUACACCCCUGUAUUACAAUUACAAUUAUUGUAAGUAUGUACUGUAGGUCUAUGUAAUCGAGCACCCCUGUAUUACAAUUAAAAUUAUUGUAAGUAUGUACUGUAGGUCUAUGUAAUCGAGCACCCCUGUAUUACAAUUAAAAUUAUUGUAAGUAUGUACUGUAGGUCUAUGUAAUCGAGCACCCCUGUAUUACAAUUAAAAUUAUUGUAAGUAUGUACUGUAGGUCUAUGUAAUCGAGCACCCCUGUAUUACAAUUAAAAUUAUUGUAAGUAUGUACUGUAGGUCUAUGUAAUCGAGCACCCCUGUAUUACAAUUAAAAUUAUUGUAAGUAUGUACUGUAGGUCUAUGUAAUCGAGCACCCCCCCAGAGGGUUUCAUAAUGUUAGAACCGUAUUUAGAUGGGUGUGAACAGGUGUUCUGUGCUCUAACUACAAAAAUAUUUGAUUUAUAAAUAAUGAAUCUUACUUUGCGGAAAUUUACUUAUCACGGUAGAGUCUGGAGCCGAUUAACCGCUAUCAACGAGGGAUGACUGUAUAACAUUCGGGGCACUUGUAUAUUAGUUUAUUCACCAGACCCACCCUGGUGGUUAAUUAAAAUGAAAAAUUAUUAGAGUUUUUUGUUGCUUGAGUUCUUUGUGUUUUUUGUUGUUGUAAAAAUCAUCAUUUCUUUAUCAAUUCUGUCAUGGUAAGUAAUGGAAAGUUGAAAGGGUUAGCCUGCUGCUAAUAUUCUGCUUAGAUAUUUCAAUUUGAUUCUAAAAUUUACUCAUUAAAAUAUGCAAAACAUGGGAUAAAAACUUAUUUAAAAAUCUGUUCUUUUAAAAAAAUGUUUAGAUUUAAGCCAACAGUUGGCACUGAUGAGCAACCAGGUCAUUGAGGCUGAGAAGAAAGCCACAUCAUAUUUGAAAAGACAUUCUAAAGUUCAGGUAACUAUUGUUAUGGCUGGUAUGUGGGUCAAAUAGGAAGCUGGAUAUCUUCUUUCAGAUAUCAUCAAAUUUAACUGAUUAAUCUAGUGUUUUCUUUAAGCUUAUUAAGAUUCUUUUAUUGAUCCACAUAAAUUGGAAAUUUUUAAAAAUUGCAUUGUGCAUAUUCAUUUCAGGUACAUAAAAAAAUACAUAUUUAAACAAGAAAAGAUUUUACAAUUUAAACAAUUUAAACAAAAGACAUCUGAAGUAUUUAUUUCUCUAGUUGAAAAAAUAAGCCACCAGAUAACAAAAAAAUAAAAAUGAUCUCCCUUAUUGACAAUAAUGAGCUGAUUAGUGAUCAUUUAGAUUUGGUACUCAUUGGGGAGCACACGGUUAAAUAACUGGUGAACAAAAGAAUUUUUAUAUCUUUCGCUUCUAGCUAUGAGGGAAAAAAAUUCACCCUGAUUGUGCUGAUCUUAGGUAUCUCUGAUGUAGUGGGUGGGAUGUGAUCUUAGGUAUCUGUGAUAUUGAGCUGAUCUUAGGUAUCUCUGAUGUAGUGGGUGGGAUAUGAUCUUAGGUAUCUUUAAUGAAGUGGGUGGGAUGUGAUCUUAGGUAUCUGAGAUGAAGAGAGUGGGAUCAUCUAGAAUUAAUUUGUUGAGUUCUUCAUCAGCAUGUUUCUUCAAAUAGUUCUUCAUGUGAAGUAUGAUUAGUUUGUGUUAUUACUAGCUUUUUUAUAUUAUUGCUGCUUCAUGGAGCAUUCAUUAAUAUAGUGACAAGAAAUCUACUUUUUUCAACCCAAAUUUAUUGCAGUCAUUGACAAUCAAUUUUUGCCAUGGCACAAUGAAUGAGUUUAAAUGAUUGUUGUAAUAUUGCAAGUUAAGGGAGAUGUAAAUCAUGGUUCCUGCUCAUGGACUUCAGAUGUUAUCUGAUUGAAAUUUGCUGAUAAGAGAAUGAUACAAAUUUAAACGUUUUAUCACAGGCAGAUGUUUCCUUGCAGCACUAGCAAAUUAUGGCUGAUGUCUAGUCACAAAACGUAAAAGGCAACCAUUCAUACCCUGGGGUGGGAAAGGGGUAAACCAAAUAUAUCCAUUCCAAACACUAUAGAUGUUCACAUGGGCUGUGGUGCCUAGAUGUAAACGUAGGCUGUGGUGCCUAGAUGUAAAUGUAGGCUGUGGUGUCUGGUUUUGAGAGGGGUGGGGGAGGGAGUUGGUUUGCUUCUCAUGUGUAAUUUUAAGGGGGCCGAAGCCCUGAGUUAGCUUUGUGUCAUACUGCUUUAUGUUGUUGUGAGCCAUAAAAGGCUGAGUACAGUGAUGAGGAUGAGGCUGGGGCCUCUGUCCACAGUUAUUGGAUUACAGAUGUAUAGUAUUUAGUAUUUAUUGUCUGCCACUUUGAAAUACUUCAGGGGCAGUUAAAGCUUUAUCUGAAUUGUAUUUUUUUUCAACAAGGAUAGAGUCUACAUAAAAAAAAAAUUAAAAUAUAAGUCCAACUUUCUGUUCGUGUUAAGAUGACAAGUAGAGAGUUAUUCUCUAUUCAUGGCUGCACUGUUGUUAAAUGCAGUCUCUUUAGAUGAAAGUUUUCCACAAUUAAUUUUUUUUGCUGCUAAUAUAAAAUUUCCUUUACAAAUUUUUGCAUAAAUUAUUUUGUAAAUGAAGCCUCCACAUAAUUUUGAUAGGUUAAAAAGGUCCCUUUAGAUUCAGAUGUGUAUCAAAUUUGAACUAUUUAGCUUUCUGCAAACCAGAAAUAGAAGCUUUUCAAUGAAAUGUUCAAACCAAACUAUAAAUAUCAUAGUUUAUAUCAGUGCAUGAAAAAAAAUUCAAUUUUAAUAAUUGUUACAAAAAGAAAUUAAAAUGACAUUCAUCAUUUAGAUUUGAUUCAGUUUCAUAUUGUGCAAGAUGCCAGAAUCAGCCUCAUCAGCCAUUUUUGUACCCACAGCCAAGUUCACAAUUAGCAUAUAUGAUGCUUAAAGUGGUCAUAGUUAAUUUUGACUGACAAACUAUAUAUGUAUAUAUAUAUUCAGUUUCAUAUACUUUUAAAUACAUAACCAUUAAACUUAGAACUAGACAUUAAUGCUUCUCCACAUUAAAAAUAUUGCGUUUUUUUUUAACCUCAACAAUUUAAAACUGCUUUCAGUCAGACUACCACAAUCUGAUUGGCAUUACAGCUGAUCUUGUUGACGCUCUUGAGUCCACAGUACAAGGCAGGCCUGUAAGCAGUUAUUAUAAAUCCUUCAUCAUUUAAUCUAAACGUUUUAUUAAUUUUUUUUUUUUUACUCAGUCCAAACAAUGUGAUGUAACAUAAAUUGUCUGAUUGAUACUAUCCCUAAAUUUAAAUUUUCUAUAAGUAAAGGGAGAUCAUAUUUCAAAGGGCAAUCAAAAUGUGCACCAAUAGUACAAAUAUUUUAUCACAAACUCUUUAUGACUCGUGAAGGAUUGAAAGAUAUUAAAUUAAAUAAUUUGUGCAUCCUGAUUGGCCUCGGAUUAGGAGGGUCUGUUUAUAGACUUUGGAAGGGUUUUUUUUUUUUUAGACAUUGGAAGGGUUUAUUCUAGACUGAUAACUCUUAAGGAUUAAAUUUAGAAGUUGUGGAAUUAAACCAUUACUAACUUUACAAGUGUACAGGGGGACUAUAUAGCCAAAAAAAGACAAAUCAUUCUAUAUUUAGAUUGUUUUCCUUUUUACACUAUUAUUUUCUUCAAUUAUUUAUUCUUGUGUUAAAAAUAAAAUAAAUAUCUCAAACUAAAUACAUAAUAGGACACUGCAAACUGCUGGAAAGGGCUGGCAUUUGGUUUUCUAAUGACCCCAGGAUUUAUCUUUCUAUCUCUUAUAGAAGAAAGGUUGAUUUUUUUUUUUUAAUGGCCUUAUUCAAGCCAUGUGAUGCAGCAUUAUUAUUAGUCUCAUUAAGCCCAUAAUCUUUCUUUAAAAUUCAGUUUGUCACCAUCUUGAUUUUUUUUAAGAGAUGCAGCAAUCAAAUUAUGAGGAGACCCUAACAAAACAAAGUUGAACACCAAAAAAACCACAACAAAAAAAAACAAUUUUGAAUUAAUUUUAUUUUCUCUUAAAUUAAAAAUUAAUCUGUUCACAUAAAGAUAUGUUGUGGUUGGUAUUGACAUUUGUCAAAACCAAUACUUUUUCAAAUCAAAAUAAAAUAGCAUAAAGAUUCAAUUAUUUAAGAUAUUGGAAUAAAAUAUUCCAUAGUAAGAGAUAGUUUCCAGGUGAAAUUAAAGAAAUUUCUAUUAACUAUUAUUUCCCAUCAAAAUAAAUCAUCUCCGAAAUUUACGAAAAUCUACUGUGGCCAACAUAUGUACAAUUAAUAUUAAAUACUUAAUUUUUAAAACUAAAAACAAAAUAAUUUUCAAAGUAACAGAUAGUAUCCAGUUGAAAUUAAAAAUAUUUUAUUCAUUAUUAUUUUCCAUUAAAAUAAUUAAACUCCACAUUUUAAAAACAAAUUUGAUGAAAAGCCACUGCUGCCGCUAUAUUGGUACAUUUAAAUACUUCAUUUUAAACUAAUAAAGCUAUUAUAAUAAAAUUGUACACAGUAAAGAUAGUGUCCAGCUGAAAGUAAAGAAAUGUUAUUUAUUAUUCCACUCGCCAGAUUUCAAAUACUUAUAAAACUGUUGCUUUCAUUUUGCGUGAACCCAUCUUUGUAGUUCUUUGUAGUUGUCAGUAAAUAACGAUAACUCUGGGGGUCAGGGGAAGUAAUAACCCCAGUUGCAGUGUCCUAUAUUAGUAUGUAUCUGAACUGACUUUGAUCAUUGGGGACCCCUACCAUAGAUUGAAUAAGUAUAAAGUUGAUUUAAGUCAUCAAUGGCAGCCUGUUUAACCUUGGCGUUUCAUUAUCUUCAGGUGGAUGUGGGAGUGAGUACUUAUAACAUACUGUCUAGUUGAUGUGAACGUAGUAUUUUGUAAUGUACAUCAUAGUACAUAUUUUGAAGGAAACUGUUGUUAGAUUAAACAAAAAGAAAAUAAUUCAAAUACAUCUUUUCUCUUUGCACCUAACCAAGUAGAGUUUGAUUUCAGGUCAGAGGCAGAAGUAAAUUAUUAGCUUUUCUUAAGUGUCAAUAGUUACAAAAAGAGGGGGGUGAAGGUGGGGUUUCAAUCUGGAUGAUGUAAGCUUAAAUUUCUGCUUGAUUCACACUGUUAGUUAUUAAGACUGAAAGAAAUUUAUGUUCAAUGUCUUAUAAUGAUACUUAGUGCUGAUAAUAAUAAUAAUAUAUUUAUUCCUUAUAAUGAUAUCAUUUUGUAUUGGAAGAGAAUUGUGACUGCGUAAUUCUGUGUAACUUUUGCAAGGGUAUAUUUCCAUUGCUUGUGUCAAACAUCACAGGAGAUUUAAUUCCUUUACUGGCUUUAAUCGUUUACUUAAUGUCAAAUGAUGAGGACUAAAGUUCUUACCUCUGGAUUAAAGAUUAUGAAGGUUUUUACCCCACCCAAUACGUGUAUUAAGCUAUGUGGAAGUGCAUGAAGUUUUUACCCCACCCAAUUCUCGCAUUAAGCUACAUGUAAAUUAUUAUGUAUCAAUAACUGGAAAGCAAGCCAUAUAACAAACAUGAUUAGGAGCUACCACCCAUUGGAGUGCUUGCAUUGUCUGACAUAGCCCCAGGGGUAAAAAAUGCAAUACUAAUUUAAAAAGGAAAAUACCCAUAUAUCUUUUUAAACUGGUGAGUGACUAGGAGACAAAUUGAUUAAUUCUUUAGUUGUAAAUCAUUGUAAUUAUAUGAACACAUAGUUUUUUUUUCUUCAUUAUUCACACGUUAUCUUUUCACACUUGAAUAUAAUUUUUUUUCCUAAAAUUCCUAUCUAAACGUUUUUUAUCUUCUUGUUGCUUCUGCAUGAUUAGGUGAAACAUAAUUGUAUUUCAUGUGACUAAAUUGUUGAUUUACUAAUACUAGAGCCAGUGUUAUAUAUUAUUCUUUUUAUAUAAUAUACUUUUUUUUUAUAACUUGCCUUUUAUUUUAAAAAAUGCCUGGUAUUUAAAAAAGGAGGAAAAAAAUGGCUAUAGAUUCUAGAGUUAUAACUAAGGAGUAAAUAUUUUGUUGUCAUUGUUGUUAUACACAUUGCUAAUUGAGCUUGAUGGGUGUUGUUGACAGUGUUCGAGAAUAAGUGAUGAUGUCAAGCAUUAAAAGGUUGACAAUGUUAAAACAAUGUGCUAGGAUUAGUACUCUAUUAGUGAAAUGGACGGUGAACUUGGUUACACACAAGUUUACAUUACUCAUUGAGAAUACUUUGUGGUAUUGAUGAAGAGUCAAAAUCACAGAGACUGUUCAUUUAGGCAAGUGUCGAAUAAAGAAAUUGGAAUUUUAGGCAUAAGUUAGAUUCAGAGUAAAUGGGCUUUUAAGCUAAAGUUAGAAUCAUAAAAAUUAAAUGCUUAAAAAAAAACAAUUUAAGAUUUUGUUUUCACUUUAUUUUUGUCUGCAAGAGUAGUGGGCCCUGCAUGACAUCAUGUUCUAGUAAUGGCAAAAGUGGGUUAUUUUUAAUUGUUAUACUUAAAUGUUAUUAUGUAUAAAUCAACAGAAGCAAAAUUGUAUGUCAUCUGUCAAAUAUAUUCAUAUCCUUAGAAUCAUCUCUUUCUUUAUAUAUAUAUAUAUAUUUGUAACUUUAAAAAUACACAAAAAGUAUGUCUGUCCUGAUUAGCUGUCUGCUUCCAUUUCACAUAGAUAAACAGUGUUGUAGAACACAUGUAGAUUCAAUCCCUUUCAUCAGCAUUUCAAAUGACAUCAUGAAAGCUCUUAAUGCAUUGGUCAAACAAAUGACAUUUAAAACUGGUGCAAGAAAUAUUAUUCUAACCUCAGUUAGACAAAAUCCUCGAGUCUUUUUGGCUCUGGAGUCCAAGGAAAUUUUAAGAAUAUGGAUAGAGCAAUACACAUUAUUAAAAUAAGGAGUGUUGAGUGGACAUCAGACUUGAUUUCAAAUGACCAGUUUUCUCUAUAAAAUAUUGAACAGCAACAAAUAAAUUUGCUUUGCGUCAUAUUUACAAAACUAUUAAUUGAUAAAAUGUUCCUUAUAUAUAUAUCUCUGUCUGUGUAUCCAGGCAUAAAUGCGUUUUCUGUAUUGAUUUCAGAUUACACCAGAGUACUUACAGCAGCUCUGCAAUAGAUUAUUCACAUCUCACAUGAGGUCAUCUGUGGAUUUGACCAGACCUGGGACAGCAGGAGAGGCCCUUAGAGCAUCAGCAGUUCCAGUUCCCAACCCGUAUGUUACAGUGCACUGAGUUUAUGUUUAUUUACUAAUGAAAUGUCUGUGUUUAAUAUUUAGGGUAAUAAUAUACGGGGACAGUGUUUCAAGUGGGGACAGUGUUUAAAGUGGGAAAGUGUUUAAAGUGGGGCAGUGUUUGAAGUGGGCAAAAAUUGGAAAUGAAAUGUAAAAAAAUUAAAAAUGGUUUUGAUUUAUCCCAGUAGUUGAGAGAGAAAAUGUGAAAUAAAUGUGCUUUUUUAGGAAAUGUCCCCAAACCAAAUGCCAGGAAACCAAAUGUUACCAAACCAAAUGCCACCAAACCAAAUGUCAACAAACCAAAUGCCACCAAACCAAAUGUUACCAAACCAAAUGUCCCCAAACCAAAUGCCACCAAACCAAAUUUUACCAAACCAAAUGCCACCAAACAAAAUGCCACGAAACCAAAUUUUACCAAACCAGUGAUAGGAUAUAAUACCAACCAGUGAUGUGGUGUCCGCCCAGUGGCUUCACUGCAUCCUGAUGAACGAAUAUUCAUGGUCAAGAAGAAGAUAUGUAAUAAUAUACUUUUUAAAUAAAUUAUUUUGUUUUCCUCAUAGAAAUAAAUAGAAAAUGCUCAAAUAUUUUCACCUCAUCUGCACAGACUCCCCAUCGCUGAGCCUGAAGAAAAUUAUCCUCCUUUAGACUUUAACCAAAUCAAAACUCAAAUAACAGAAUCUUUGGAUAGAAAGAAGGCUUUGAUCCUUCAAGCCUUGAGAUGGGUAGGUUGAAAAAUACUUUCAGAAAGUAUGCUAUGGAAAAAAUUGAGAUGUUAAGGUUGAAACAAUACUUUCAGAAAGUAUGCUAUGGAAAAAAUUGAGAUGGUUAGGUUGAAACAAUACUUUCAGAAAGUAUGCUGUGGAAAAAAUUGGAUCAGUUUAUUUUGUGUCGCUAUGAAAUAUGUUUAAAGAGAUUGAAAUUUUUUACUCUUAUGUUAUAAGGUAAUUAAUAUUUAUUUAUAAAAUAAAUGAUUGAUUUUGUGACCUAUUUUUCAAGCGUUUGACCAGAACACGGGCCGCCCAAAGAGACCAGAUACUGAUCGCUUACAUUCAGAAUGAUAUUCUGGGAUGCAGCAACCCUGGACCAUAUAGAGUGAGGACAAUAAAGCAAUAAAUAAAAAGAUAGAGAAAAAUUAAAGACUCUCCUCUCUCCCUUUUCAGGACAACUAAUUCAAAGAAAAGUUGAAAUAUUAUAUAUAUUUUAAAAAUCUUAAAUUUAUAAUUUAAAAAAAGAAGAAAAACUACAAAACUUUUUUAAAUUUACAAUAUUUUUCCUUUCCAGGAGACGAUCAUGAAUCUUUUAUUAAAUAGCUCAGAUGUUGUCAAACAGUACUUGGCCAGAUUUUACAAUGCAUGUGCCUCAUUGUGCAAUGGUAAGUCUUUUUACCAUUUCUGAAAAGCAGUGAAAGGUGGUAUUGCUACAUAGCUUGGAAUUAACAUUACUGAACAGCAGUGCAGUAAAAGGUGGUAUUGCUACAUAGCUUGGAAUUGACAUUACUGAACAGUAGUGAAAGGUGGUAUUGCUACAUAGCUUGGAAUUGACAUUACUGAACAGUAGUGAAAGGUGGUAUUGCUACAUAGCUUGGAAUUGACAUUAGUGAACAGCAGUGAAAGGUGGUAUUGCUAUAUAGCUUGGAAUUAACAUUACUGAACAGCAGUGAAAGGUGGUAUUGCUACAUAGCUUGGAAUUGACAUUACUGAACAGCAGUGAAAGGUGGUAUUGCUACAUAGCUUGGAAUUAAAAUUACUGAACAGCAGUGAAAGGUGGUAUUGCUACAUAGCUUGGAAUUAACAUUACUGAACAGCAGUGAAAGGUGGUAUUGCUACAUAGCUUGGAAUUGACAUUACUGAACAGCAGUGAAAGAUGGUAUUGCUACAUAGCUUGGAAUUAACAUUACUGAACAGCAGUGAAAGGUGGUAUUGCAACAUAGCUUGGAAUUGACAUUACUGAACAGCAUUGAAAGGUGAUAUUGCUACAUAGCUUGGAAUUAACAUUACUGAACAGCAGUGAAAGGUGGUAUUGCUACAUAGCUUGGAAUUAACAUUACUGAACAGCAGUGAAAGGUGGUAUUGCUACAUAGCUUGGAAUUGACAUUACUGAACAGCAGUGAACUGAAAGGUGGUAUUGCUACAUAGCUUGGAAUUAACAUUACUGAACAGCAGUGAAAGGUUGUAUUGCUACAUAGCUUGGAAUUGACAUUACCGAACAGCAGUGAAAGGUGGUAUUGCUACAUAGCUUGGAAUUGACAUUACCGAACAACAGUGAAAGGUGGUAUUGCUACAUAGCUUGGAAUUGACAUUACUGAACAGCAGUGAAAGGUGGUAUUGCUACAUAGCUUGGAAUUGACAUUACUGAACAGCAGUGAAAGGUGGUAUUGCUACAUAGCUUGGAAUUGACAUUACUGUACAGCAGUGAACUGAAAGGUGGUAUUGCUACAUAGCUUGGAAUUAACAUUACUGAACAGCAGUGAAAGGUGGUAUUGCUACAUAGCUUGGAAUCAACAUUACUGAACAGCAGUGAAAGGUGGUAUUGCUAAAUAGCUUGGAAUUGACAUUACUGAACAGCAGUGAAAGGUGGUAUUGCUACAUAGCUUGGAAGUAACAUUACUGAACAGCAGUGAAAGGUGGUAUUGCUACAUAGCUUGGAAUUGACAUUACUGAACAGCAGUGAAAGAUGGUAUUGCUACAUAGCUUGGAAUUAACAUUACUGAACAGCAGUGAAAGGUGGUAUUGCUACAUAGCUAGGAAUUAACAUUACUGAACAGCAGUGAAAGGUGGUAUUGCUACAUAGCUUGGAAUUAACAUUACUGAACAGCAGUGAAAGGUGGUAUUGCUACAUAGCUUGGAAUUGACAUUACUGUACAGCAGUGAACUGAAAGGUGGUAUUGCUACAUAGCUUGGAAUUAACAUUACUGAACAGCAGUGAAAGGUGGUAUUGCUACAUAGCUUGGAAUCAACAUUACUGAACAGCAGUGAAAGGUGGUAUUGCUACAUAGCUUGGAAUUGACAUUACUGAACAGCAGUGAAAGGUGGUAUUGCUACAUAGCUUGGAAUUGACAUUACUGAACAGCAGUGAAAGGUGGUAUUGCUACAUAGCUUGGAAGUAACAUUACUGAACAGCAGUGAAAGGUGGUAUUGCUACAUAGCUUGGAAGUAACAUUACUGAACAGCAGUGAAAGGUGGUAUUGCUACAUAGCUUGGAAUUGACAUGACUGAACAGCAGUGAAAGGUGGUAUUGCUACAUAGCUUGGAAUUGACAUUACUGAACAGCAGUGAACUGAAAGGUGGUAUUGCUACAUAGCUUGGAAUUAACAUUACUGAACAGCAGUGAAAGGUGGUAUUGCUACAUAGCUUGGAAUCAACAUUACUGAACAGCAGUGAAAGGUGGUAUUGCUACAUAGCUUGGAAUUGACAUUACUGUACAGCAGUGAACUGAAAGGUGGUAUUGCUACAUAGCUUGGAAUUAACAUUACUGAACAGCAGUGAAAGGUGGUAUUGCUACAUAGCUUGGAAUUGACAUUACUGAACAGCAGUGAAAGGUGGUAUUGCUACAUAGCUUGGAAUUGACAUUACUGUACAGCAGUGAACUGAAAGGUGGUAUUGCUACAUAGCUUGGAAUUAACAUUACUGAACAGCAGUGAAAGGUGGUAUUGCUACAUAGCUUGGAAUUAACAUUACUGAACAGCAGUGAAAGGUGGUAUUGCUACAUAGCUUGGAAUUGACAUUACUGAACAGCAGUGAAAGGUGGUAUUGCUACAUAGCUUGGAAUUGACAUUACUGAACAGCAGUGAAAGGUGGUAUUGCUACAUAGCUUGGAAGUAACAUUACUGAACAGCAGUGAAAGGUGGUAUUGCUACAUAGCUUGGAAGUAACAUUACUGAACAGCAGUGAAAGGUGGUAUUGCUACAUAGCUUGGAAUUGACAUGACUGAACAGCAGUGAAAGGUGGUAUUGCUACAUAGCUUGGAAUUGACAUUACUGAACAGCAGUGAACUGAAAGGUGGUAUUGCUACAUAGCUUGGAAUUAACAUUACUGAACAGCAGUGAACUGAAAGGUGGUAUGGCUAUAUAGCUUGGCAUUAGCAUUACUGAACAGCUUAUGAUAAGGCAUCUUUCCAUAAGGAAGAUGUGUAAUUUUUCAAUUUAAACAAAAAAAAUAAAUUAAUAAAUGAAUUCUUCUGUCUAGAAUUAUUUUUUAAAAAAAAAUCUUUUUAACGCGACAUGAAGCAGGAUUCAGAUUACACAUGGAGAAGAAAGGAUGCCAAUCUCAACAUUGUCAGAUCUGUUUUAAGUUAAGCUUUAAGCAAGGCAGAAGUUUUAUGCCUACAAUCAAUUAAAUCACUUUUGAGUUGAUUCUUUUGCCUCAUGUUUUUAUGAUGGGAUCGCUAUUACCGUGCGACUUCCACAAAAUUUUAAACUUGUUUUUGCUUCAUUUUAAGGAAGAGGUUACCUUGCCACCAAUCCUGACUUACUGCCAGCUUUAAUGGACAUCCUGAGGGGAGAGGUCAAGGAUCAGAUGGCACAGGAAAUGGUUCUUGGUGCAUUGCAGAAACUCAGUUUAAGGUGAGCUGAGACUGGCAAUCAUUGCAUCCUGCAUUUGUGUUUUAAUUUUAAAAAAAAAACCAAUAUAAAGAUUUUAUGCAUUUUUGUCUCAUUUAUGUAGUUGUACGUGAUUUAUCAUUUAUUAAGAAGCGGCCACGUAAAUGGGUAAACUUCUGGCAAAAACAAGUUUCAUAUUUCCUUCAUUUUACCUUUCAAAAAAUACAUUUUAUGUUUACUCCAUACCCAAAUAAAUCACAAAAACUAAGCACUUAGCAACAGCUGCACAAUUAAUGUCCACACCACAACACACACCUAAUGAACAAAUCACAUUUCAUUCAUCUUCCCCUUGAAAAACAGGAAAAACUGAUUUUUGGGGUUGGGAUUGGGGGGGGGGGGUACUGAAAAUUUGAUAGAAUCUGUUGUCAUUGGCAAGGAGUCUAUAAGUGCCAAGUUUCAUCCAUACAAUGAUUGGAAAUGGGUCAAUUAGCCUUCCAAAGAUUUUUAUUUCAUUCAUCUUCCCCUUGAAAAACAGGAAAAACUGAUUUUUGGGGUUGGGAUUGGGGGGGGGGGUACUGAAAAUUUGAUAGAAUCUGUUGUCAUUGGCAAGGAGUCUAUAAGUGCCAAGUUUCAUCCAUACAAUGAUUGGAAAUGGGUCAAUUAGCCUUCCAAAGAUUUUUCCACAAACACACAAACAAAAGCGAAGUUAAUUUAAUGGAUUUAAAAAUAAAUGUUAUUUUAUAUUGCAAUAAAAACUGUAAGCAUAAAGCUUAAGAAUCGGCUUCUCUGCCAGCCGCGACAUAUUGCAAAUUUUUAAGCACAGAAUGUUUUCUUAACACAUUUUUUGUAUCCUAACACCCCCUUUCUUAUAAUUUUAGCCACCCCCAAACUUUUCAGUUUAAACUUUACUUUGUUGUGUAUUUAAUUUUUAAUGCAAAUUUGCAAAUUCCUUUCCACCAUGGCCACUCAGACGCCAACUCCAGUCAGCCAUGAUAGACAGAGGAGUGAUGGAGUGGCUUGUUGGUUUGCUGGAGGACAGUGACUCACUAUCUGACUACACACUGGAGUACUCAGUGGCACUACUCAUGAACUUGUGCCUUAGGACAGCAGGUCAGUACAUCUAGCGAGUCUUAGGACAGCAGGUCAGUACAUCUAGCGAGUCUUAGGACAGCAGGUCAGUACAUCUGGGGAGUCUUAGGACAGCAGGUCAGUACAUCUGGGGAGUCUUUCAGUUCAUCUGGGGGGUCUUAGGACAGCAGGUCAGUACAUCUGGGGAGUCUUCUUAUGACAUAAGAAACUCAGGUUAGGGGAAAACUCAAAAGAAUAUAAGAAAAAGGACUUCUUGAGCAAAGUCACAGCAAGACAAAACAAAAUAAACUUGCUAUCUGAAAGGUAUUAUUUGAAAACAAUAUACAUUUUUUAUGAAUCUGAAGCCAUGUUUUUAAUGCUGAAUUAAAAAAUUUACCAACUAAUAUUUACCAGCAACUGUGUUCUUUAAUAAGCACCUAAAUUGUAUUUACCUUAAAAACCAACCUUUACUAAUGUCAAUUCUUGAAUAAGUCCAGCUAAACUGUCAAUGCCUUGCAUUCGAUCACCCUUAUAUUUAAUCAAUAAAUUCGAUUGCUGAUGAUGUUCCCUAAGACAAAAUACACAACUGCAAAUUUUUAUUUUAUUUAACUGCUUAAUUUGGCCUAUUUACAUAUAGAAUUGUAAUGAUACAAAAAUACUCUUCAAUUUCAGGCAAGAAAAGGUGCACUGGAAAAGCUCAUCAGACGCUGAAAGUUUUAAGUGAUCUCCUAGGCCAUGAAAACACAGAGGUGAUCUAAAUAUAACUUCUUUAAACAUGGAGAGUGUUGUCAUCUGCGUGGUACUUGUCUUAAUGCUCCAUGCCAAAGCCUCAGUCUGUAUGUUGUUUUAUCGGAUGUCCUGUCAUCAAUUGUCAUCAGCCUGUAUGUAGUUUUAUUUUGAUGUCCUUUCAUAUCAUGUAAAUGAAAAUUUGAGGAGUAGGUGCACUUGUUGAUUUUUAGAGGCUUUAAGGCAGCAAUUCAGUCAGUACAUGGGGAUUUGUUAGGACAGCAGGUCAGUGCAUGGGGAUUUUUUAGGACAGCAGGUCAGUGCAUGGGGAUUUGUUAGGACAGCAGGUCAGUGCAUGGGGAUUUGUUAGGACAGCAGGUCAGUGCAUGGGGAUUUGUUAGGACAGCAGAUCAGUGCAUGGGGAAUUCUUAGGAUGGCAGGUCAGUGCAUGGGGGUUUAUGAGUCCAUCAGGUUAAUAUAAAUGAUGAUUUCUUAGGACAGCAGAUCGGUAAUGGGUAUUUAUUAGGACAGCAGGUCAGUGGAAAUUAUGCAUGUAAUGUAAUAUUUUGAUUUAGGAGAGGCUUUCUGCUUACCGCAUAUCAUGAAGUGCUUAUGAUGACAUUUUUUUUAAUAAUAAUUUUCUUUUUACUUGCAGUGUCUUCUUGUCAACUGAACCUUAAUAGAUAAUAGAAAGAUUUUUUCUGGUGAUUUAACAACUGUCUAACACUAAAACCUCUUUCAGAUACGUCCGUAUGUCAAUGGAGCUCUUUAUAGCAUACUAGCUAUCCCGUCUAUAAGGGAAGUGGCUAAAUCUAUGGUGAGCGUAACAUUUUUGUAACUGAUUAUGGUGAAUUACUUUAGUGGUGAGGUGCUGCAAUGUGCAGCCAGUAACCUCCUUGCCAGGUGGUCAUUUCUCUUUAUUAACCAUAAGACUAAUCUGACUUUUUAGUCUCAGAUUGAAUUAGAAUCAAGUUAUUAUCAAAAAAAGAUUUGAUGAAGUUGAUUUCUAUGCUUUCUUUCACCGCUGCCCAGGGGAUGGAAGAGAUUUUAAAAUGUUUUAUAAAGAAAGACCAGCCGGACAUGAACCGACAGGUUGAGUUCAUCAUCAAACAACUCAACUCAAGUGAGUGGCAUAGACACUGGCUUUGUUUUUUUUUUUUUUUUUUCCUUUUUCAUUGUUAGCCUCAAUCCACACCUGGAAAUAAAAAUAAAUGAAAUUUUGAAAUUCAUUGCUUAAAGAUAAUAUAAUUUAUCAAUGUGCUUCAAAUUUUUUUUUUUUUGAAUUUAAAUAUUUCUUGCCAUUUGCUUGAUGGGCCAACAAGGCAUGUGGGAGCAGGUAUAAGGGGAGUUCAUGGGUAAAAAGUUAACUUAGUUAGAAAUUGAAGGCUCAAAUAAUUUAAAAUUAACUUUAAAAAAAAAAAAAUUCUUAUUGAAAAGCUAACUGAUUUAGAAAUUGAGGCUGAAAUAAUUCAAACUUGGCUAUAUAAAUAAUUUCCUAUUAAAAAUGUAACUUUCAUAUUAUUUUUUUUCUGAUCUCUGUUCAUUGUUUAGAUGUGUUUCCAUUUAUUGCUGGCUUGUGUUUAGCAGAUGAAAAUGGAGAGAAUUAUGAUUCUGAUGAGGAGGAGGAAGAUGAGGAUGAGGAGGAGGAUCAGGAAAUGCUUGAAGCUGACCUUGACAAGGAUGAGGUUCUACGACCCCAACAAGGAGAACUGACCGGGGAGAGGCUUUUGGCACAGUUUAGUUUGGCACGACCACCAAACACUGCAUCUCGUAUGAGGAAAAAGGUUGGCAGAGUCUUGUCCUUUUCCUCUGAUAAAACUUUAAAAGUUAUUAUUUUAAAGAUAUUUUUAGGACAGAAGAAAAGUAGUUUUGAAGUGUAGGGAUAGAGAAACACUAGCAUUGAAAUGUAAGGAUAAAAGAACACCGGUAUUGUUGUGUAGGGUAGAAGAACACUGGUACUGAGGUGUAGAAGAAAGCUAGUACUGUAUUGAACUUUUGAACAUCAUUUGAGCAACUUUAAAUGAAAUCAUUUGAAGAAUUUACAUGUUAAUAAAUGUGCAACAAAAUUGCUAUAGUUUGGAAAAAAAAUUAGAGCUUUCUGUAUUGCUAUAAUAAAACUUUGUAUUUGCAAUUAAAAAAAUUAAUUAAUUUUUGAGCAGGAUAAACCUUACUUAUUUGUAAUUGGUACAUUUUUUUCGACUGUGGAGAAAAAAAAAAAGUGGAAGCUACCUCUCAAACCAGUUUUAAUAAGCACAUGCCUAGCUGCUUUCCUCCCAUAUUAUUUAAGUGCAUGGCAAGGAUUUAACUUAAAUUUUUAAUAUCCAUUUUCUAGUUGGCAGGGGAUGAGCCCUUAAAGAGACCAGUAACACCUGGCAGCCGCAGAGUUUUUGACCAUGGCCACACUAAUGUCAAUAAUAACAACAUGGUCAGGUGGGUAAAUUCUUAAGGUGGAUAAUAUGACCAUUUGGGUUGGAUGUCAAGAGGGAAAAAAAAUAAUUAAAUAAUCCUGUCCUUCCUAAUGUUUUUAAGUGUUAUUAAUGUUGGGAGGUAAUACUUGAAUUUUAAACUAUCAACUUGAGCCGGAGGAAUCUUAUAUGGAAGGAUAUGAUGGCAUCAAAAGACUUAUUGGCAACAGAAAAUGCAAGCUUCAGCGUAGGCCUACAUAUUUAGGAGGGACGGGAAAUCGCAUACAUUUUUUGAGGCAACAUUUUGUUGUUUUCUUUCAAAUUUAAUUUCUAAAAUCCUGUGGCAGGUUCUACUUAAAUGCCUGUUGUGAUUAACUUAAAUCUAGAAAAACAACUCCAAAAUGAAGUGAUAAAUAUUGCUAUAGGACACUCACAUUAUAAAUGUUCCAUGCUAACAAAAUAAAAGGAAGGUUACAGUUUCUAUGUUAUCUCACAAAAACUUGUUUAUUGCAAUGGGGGGGGGGGGGGGGGUUUGUUGUAAUUUUUCUCUAUUUUUUUUUUUUUUUUUUUUUUUUGGUAUUCAGGGAACAAGAUAUCUUGAAAUUUCCAUUUAUGAAAUAACAAUGAGGAAAACUCAAUUUAUGCCUGGUUUUUAUUUUACACAUGGCUCUGUCCCCUUGAGCAAUUAGAAUUCGCUUAGAUUGAGCCUAUUUGUAAGUUAAUGUUAAUAGUGUAGUAUAGCGGCUAUUUUUGGGGAGGAGGGUUAACACUGACUAAAAUUUGUCCUAUUUGCCGAGGAAGGCUCUUAGCUGAAAACUUCACAUCUUAUUAUCCUGUCUUUUGAUCCAAGCCUCCAUAUACCUUGUUCUACUAUUUAAUUCCAACAGCUUUAACGCAGUCCUUCAUUUAUUAUCCUAACGUUAUCGAGUAUCAAAUUUGGAUUUUUUAAAAACCAGAUGUCUAUUCCUAAAUAGCUGGAGUCUUAAAACAUUUAACUGAAUCAAUCAGAAAAUCUUGAAUGUUUAUAAAACUGGAACGUUUGAAACAUUUCUUCUUUUUGAUUGUGUCCCAUCAGGAGGAAUACAACUGGCUCACUGCACUCUCAGCAAGAAACCAGUACUGGCAUUGUCAGACCUCCAACUAGAAGCGGCAGUCGGCCAGCCUCACAAGAAAGUGCUUCAAGUAGGUUGUUUGGUGUCAGUUGAUGCUGUCGGUCAACGGUCGAUGUUGAUCUCCUUUGACAUCAGUAGUUGUCAGCUAUUGAGCUAAUGCCAGUUUUUUUGGUGUCAAUUGAUGUUUGUUGUUGGUUGUCAGUUGUUGUCGUCAGAUCUUGGUGUCAUCUAAUGGCUUUUUAAGCCUUAAAGCCAUUGAAAGAGGCUGGCACACUUCUGUUUUUGAUUUGAAUCUGAUUUAGGUCUUCACUCUUAACAACUUAUGUUUUUAAAGCUGACCUAUUGGCUACUUCAGCAAAGUUGAAAAAAAAAUAAUGAUAUAGUUUUCUCAAGAUGCAAGAGAGAUAUCACAAGAUUUUAAAUCAAUGGAAAGAUGUUUUGUUUUGCUGUUUGAUGAUGUUGAAAAAAUAAAACUGUCCUGAGUACAUUUAGCAAUGCAAAAAACAGCUCAUGACAAAGAUGUUUGCGUGUGUACCCCAACAUUUCAUUAUCAUAUUCCAUACCCGUAUAGUUGUUAAGCAGAUAUCCAUCAGCUAGCAACAAUAAGCAAAAAUUUUUAUUAUAAAUAAUCCCCCCCCCCCAAAAAAAAAAAAAAAGCCAGGUCUAGGAUACCACCACUUGAUCUCUUCCUGUCAUCCUCUGACUGGGAUAUCAGUUACCAACCUUUGACCUCACCAUUUUUGGAUGUGCUCACAUCAAGAACUAUAAGCUCCCAGUUUGCUUCUUUAUUUGAUCCAGUUUAUUGAGUUAAAUUUCAAAAUAGUUUUUCCUGGCUAUUUUCUCAGGUUUUUGUGUGUUGCAGUGUUUUAUUCCUAGUUAUCAUUGAAUUCUUUUGGAUUCAUAUUGGAUUAUUUUAGUAUAGACUCUUAACUGGUUUCAUGAUCCCCCACAACCCUUAGCAUCAAAAACAAUAAUUUCUACUAUAUGAAUAAUGUUUAAAGUUACCAGUAAAACAAAUCACUUUGAUAGAGAAUUAUACUUUAAAUAUUUUUUACCCUUAUUUUGAACAGAAUGGAUUGAAAAUUAGACUAAACAUAAUUUUGGAAAAAUCACUUUUACUUUAGCUAUUUAUGUUCCAAACUUAAAUUUAGAAAAUAACAAAACGCUGUCAUUCUUUUAAAGAGGUAAAUGGAGGCAAACAGCUCUCUUAUAAAAUAUCAUUGUAAAUGUGGCGAUAUUCAAUUCACAUUACAGAUGCUGAUGUGCGACCAUCUAGUCAAAAGAGUAACAGGGCCUUCAGGCCAUCAACAAAGGCCAUGGAGAAGAUAGGGACAGGGGCCAAGUGAGUAAAUGUAGUCAAAUAGGAGCUUGAUCCGGUUUGAAGAGUUAUCUUUGUUUUAAGCUUCACUCUAAUGUUCAAACAAUGAGUGAUCGAGAAGACGGGAUGUGAUACUUUUUGUCACCACGAUAGAGAGGGCAGGAUUAUUUUUUGUCACCACGAUAGAGAGGGCAGGAUUAAUUUUUGUCACCAUGAUGGAGAGGGCAGGAUUAAUUUUUGUCACCAUGAUAGAGAGGGCAGGAUUAAUUUUUGUCACCAUGAUGGAGAGGGCAGGAUUAAUUUUUGUCACCAUGAUGGAGAGGGCAGGAUUAAUUUUUGUCACCAUGAUGGAGAGGGCAGGAUUAAUUUUUGUCACCAUGAUGGAGAGGGCAGGAUAUAGAAGAUGGGGAUGCAAUGUUGUUCACAUUUUGUAGGUGGGGAGCACAGCAGAUGGCAGUUUAUCCCAAUAAUGAGCGGUUUCACAUUUAUUCAAUAUAGUUUGCUAUCUACAUAGAUCAAUAAAGUUUAAACUUACCACCAAUUAAUUCUCUGAUGUAAGGUAUGAAACUCUGUCAGCACUGGUGCCAGGACUACAUCAGGUUAUGUGUUCAUGAAUUUAUCUGUAAUUUGACCUAAACCUAAUUUCUGAAAAGUUUGAUACAUUGAGAUUUCAAAAUGGUUCCUCCCAGCCAUUGAGAAAUAAUAAUUUAGUGGAUUCCCAUCAAAGGGGAUUUUAGUUUGCACAGCAGGUUACUUGAGACACUGCAACAUUUGCAGGUUGAACUUAGUGUCAUUGGAACACCCACCUCAUUUGAUUCAAGUACUUAUUUUUUCUAAAGCAAAAGUCAAAGUGGACAAAUUUCUCAUUGGCUAAAAAUCCUUCAGACGUCAAGAAAGUAAACUAAUUGCAUUUCAAUUCUAGUGUUAAUGAAUACAGAACUGCAUUUGGAGCCAAGCCUAAAAUCCCAAGGACACCUGAGCCGGGAGCCUUGUCAGGAAGUCGAACAGCCAGUCGUGGAUCUAUCAAAGAUUUACCUCCCCAGCCCCAGUACUCAGAGUCAGGCCCCAGGCCCAGCUCGGCAGGGAAGACAAGUGGUGGGUAACUGAACAAACGUGAACAAUUAUAGUAAAUAAAAGCUGAUGCAGUCUUUAUACAUUUGUUAUGGCUCACUACCAAAUCUUGUUAAAGCUCAAGCACUAACCAUCUUUUGUUUAACUCCAGUGUCAUCUUUAUUUUAUCAACAAAGGAGAUAUGAUUGCCUGUGUAUCUGAUAAGGGACCUGAACAUGUUUAAAUCAGGAAGCCCUAACUAGUACAUACAGGUUUGAAAGCUAUCUAUAUUUAUGUCCCCAGCCCCGGGGAGUCCAAGGAAAGGAUCUUUAACAAGUACAGGCAAGCCAAAGACACCUAGUCAGUUGUAAUGAGAUUUGACGUUGCAUAUAAAUUAUCACCAGUGCGAAUGACAUUCUUGGAUCUAAAAGUUGAGGAGAUCAAAACUUCUUCUUAAUGAAAUGGUCGUUUUGGUUUUUCUAAUAAUAUAUGAAUGUUAGGAGCCUCAAGUCCAACAGAUGCACCUCAGUCAUCAUCUGUCAGUUUCCGGUAGGGAAAAAGACUGGAAAAAAAACAAACUAGUGUCUUUUCUUUUUGGCUAACUUGACUAUUAGAGUUUCAUGUGCAGCAAGGCAUUUUGUUCAGAUGUGAAUUUUUAACAAAAUGUCUUGUAAAAUGUUAUGUGAGGAACAGUACAGUGACUUGUUAUUUUGAUCUUUAUUUGCAGACCUCUUUGUUGAAUCUACUUUUUGCCAUAACUGUCCUAAAUAUUGUUUUGUCACACCCUUGUUCCUGGUAGCUUUAAUGGCACAAAUAAUCUGUGUUUUGUAGUUCUGUUAAAUGUUCGAACUUCAUCAUACAUUUUUUAAAUAAUCACCCCUCUAGAUGCAAACAAUAAUUUACUUUGCAUCUGUUUAUGAUUGUAUACAUUGCUGGUAGUCCCAAAUGUAUAUUUUUUUAUCUGUUGUGAAAUGAUUUUUUAAGAAUGUAUUGAUCACAUUAUUAACCCUCUUGAGAUGAAGCCUUUUUUUUGGACUGUCAUUGCCAAGAAGAUGGAGAUUUUUUUUGGACUGUCAUUGCCAAGAAGAUGGAGAUUUUUUUUGGACUGUCAUUGCCAAGAA